CACCUGUGUGUUUAUGUUGGGACUGCUACUGUGAAGCAGUUUCCUCGUCAAGGUUAUGUUUGUCUUUCCAUGGGCCUGUACUUAGAAUAAAUAAUAAUUGUGUCAUAACAGUUUUCGUUAUAGAGAUUUUCAAACCAACCCUACCAUGCAUAUCUUUUAUGGUAUUUAUGUUGUGCCCAUGUACUCGUUUCGUAGUUUUAGACUAUGCUACUCGUCGAGCAGAUUAACUUGUUCAGUAUUGUAUUGCAUGUAGCAUGCAGCAAAAAAUUAAAAAAUACUAAAGAAAUUUAGAUAAAACACUUUUAAGAUUUUUGGUUUGUCGUGUGCGCGUCACGUGAAGCAGUAAAUUUCCCAAUCAGGCACUGGUAAUGAUUAUUGUGUGUAGGCUUAGCUAGUUGAAAACUUGAGCAUAUUUAUCAAAACUUUAAAGCAGGCAACCAAACUUAACAACACACCUAUCCUCCUCUGAAGUGUAUCGUCAGUAACCGUGUUGGAGUAGUCUCUAAAUAGUUCUUGAGAAAUUUGGUACAGAGUAGAACUUUUAUUUCUUAUGUGGGAAUUAUACAAACUGUGAAAUUUUAUUUUAAGCGGAUGGAUUUUAAUGAAGCUGCAGUGACAAGUUUCAAUUUGCAAAAUGGUUGGUGGUGCAAAAACAAAACAAAGAAAAAGUUAGGCUAAUUUAUUUCCACUAAGUACAGGUACCAGGGUUCUAGUCAUGUGGAAUACUGCGGGAAAAAAUUGGCUGGGUAGAUGACCAUAACAAACAUUAUGGUAUCUCGGAAAUAAUGUCAACCCUUUUCCACUGAAAACUCAAAACUUCACCUCUGUGUUGCCUUAUGCAGUUUGAUUAUAUUGACAAGUGAGUCAGAAGCAGCAGGAGGUAUAGCAGUCAGUAACUAAUGGAUACUUCCAAGUGACUCCAUCUUAGAUAGAAACAACAGGAUAAUUUUGUCAUUACUGUAUUAAGAAAUAAGUCACCAAGCUAACAACUGACCAGACUGAGUCAGUUUGAAGAGCAGUUGGUAUGAAGAAAAACUACUGUCCAGAUAUAUCAAAUUUUUCACUGCUCUUCAUGGGUGAGGCAGUUUUGGCGAUUUCAACUGGGAACUGGCUGACUUCAAGACUGAACAGGAGAAACCGCGUAACAGCUCAUUGGGUAUUGCAGGCCAUAGCUGCUGCCUGUAUUUUUGCAGGAUUUUUGAUAAUAUUUAUUAAUAAAAACAGAAAAGGAAAAUUACACUUUCAAUCUCUUCAUGGAAUAGUGGGUCUAGUUUCUGUGAUAUUUGUUGGAAUAACCAGCAGUGGAGGCGUUGCCGCAUUGUAUACAACGCGCUUGAAAGACAUAAUUAAACCAGCUAAAGUUAAAUUUGCACACAAUGUUUUUGGCAUUAUUACAUUUGCCAUUGGAAUAGCAUCAACGAUACUUGGUAUUUAUUCAGGAUGGUUCACAAGACAUUCAAAUACAUUAAUGCAGAUAGUUUCUGUAAUAGUUGUUACACUAGCAAGCAUUUUUGCUGUGAUAAAUGCUUUUAAAUCUGCAUAUUCCAGAUUUGUUAACAUGGUACAUGGUCAUUAAAUUGAUGCACUAUGGUUAAAUUGUGCAUUUAUGGUGAGAGAUCAUUUUGAGUUGUAUACAUUGAAACUAUAUGGUUUUUCAGUAGAAUGUUAACAAGUAUUGUACAAUAAUCACUUUUUUUGUGAUGUGUAUUUGUUGCAUACUAAGAAACAAGAUCUAUUGUUUCAAAGCA